AUGGUACAUUUCGGCAUUUUCCUUGGAAAGAGUACAAGGAAAUGGCUCUUGAAUCAACAUAUUCAGCCAUCAACUUAUCAGUGCUUUGCGUCUUUCUGAGCGUGGCAUUGGGGUUGGUGGUGUUUAAGAUCAGAAGAAGAAGCAAAUCCAACGCACCUCCAUCCCCACCCAAGCUACCCUUCAUCGGAAACCUUCACCAGCUAGGCACGCUGCCACACCGUUCCUUGCAAGCCCUCUCUCGCAACUAUGGCCCACUCAUGAUGCUUCAAAUGGGCCAGAUCCCAACGCUGAUCGUUUCAUCUGCACACGUGGCCGCAGAAAUUUUCAAAAACCACGACGUCGUUUUCUCCUACCGCCCCAAGACAACCGCUACUGGAGUCUUUUUCUACGGCUACAAGGACAUUGGUUUCUCCCCCUACGGCGAGGAGUGGAGACAGAAAAGAAAGGUCUGCGUUCUCGAGCUCGUCAGCAUGAAAAGCGUGCGGUCGUUUCAGUUCAUCCGCGCUGAAGAAGUCGCGGAAAUGAUCGCUGCCAUACGCGAGGCGUGUGCCAGUGGAAGUGAAAGUGGAAGCUCAUGCGUGCAUCUGAGUGAGUUGUUGAUUGCACUCACCAACAACACAUUGUCUAGGUGCGUUUUUGGACAAAAGUAUGACUCACCCGAUGGUAGUAGAAGCUUCGGAGUGAUUCGGAGGAAGUUGUUGAGUCAGUUCACGGCUUUCUGUGUCGGAGAUUUCUUCCCCUCGUUGAGUUGGGUUGAUGUUCUAACGGGCCGAAUUCGGAAGUUAAAGGCCACUCUUAGUUCGUUAGAUGUUUUCUUUGAUCAGGUGAUUGCAGAACAUAAAACAAAGAUGAAGAAGAAAGGUGAAGGUGAUGGUCAAUCUGAUAAGAAAGACUUCGUGGAUAUUCUCCUUCAACUUGAGGAGGCUCGAAUGCUCGGUUUUGACCUCUCCCAAGAUAACCUCAAAGCAUUGCUAGUGGACAUGUUUAUAGGGGCAAGUGACACAACUUCAACCACUUUGGAAUGGGCUAUGGCAGAGCUCAUGAAGAAUCCAAAUACCAUGGAAAAGGUCCAAGAAGAGGUAAGAAGAGUGGUCGGGAACAAAGCAGAAGUGGAUGAAAACGAUGUGAAACAAAUGAAUUACUUGAAGUGUGUAGUCAAGGAAACUCUAAGGCUACAUCCACCUGCUCCUUUUUUGCUUCCUCGAGAAACAUCCUCUGCUGUGAAGCUAAGAGGGUACGACAUUCCAGCCAAGACAAGAGUAAUGUUGAACGCAUGGGCAAUUCAGAGGGAUCCUGAAUUUUGGGAGAAACCAGAUGAGUUCAUUCCAGAGAGAUUCGAAGACAGCAAGGUAGAUUUCAGAGGACAAGAUUUUGAGUUUAUUCCGUUUGGUGUUGGGAGAAGGGGGUGCCCUGGAAUUACAUUUGGGAUCACUUUGGCUGAGUAUGCACUUGCUAAUCUUCUUCGCUGGUUCGAUUGGAAGCUGCCUCAAACUCAUGCUUCAGUGCAAGGCAUAGACAUGAGUGAGAAACAUGGGAUCUCUGUCAACAAGAAGGUUCCACUUCUCCUUCAACCAAUACCAAUCUCCUUCGAAAUUGGAUCUAAACCUUGAUAUUGCGUGCUCGAAUAUGUUUCACUUCUUUUUAUUUCUGCAUGUUUUCGUGAAAGAAUACUAAUAAAGUGAUGAUGAAUAAUGUGUGCUUAUAUUAUGGGAGACACGGUUUAAGUGACAGAUAAUUGGUUGGAUAUCACAUGAAAAUUGGUCAGCACUAUGAUGUGCCAAACUGUGCUACAAUUUCUCCCGUUUCUAAAUGUAAUUUGAUGUUCCUUUUUCUACUGGGGAGCACUUUUCUUAUUUU